AUGUAGUCAUGAUAUAAUUAACCAUCAAUAUAUUAAUUAUGAGGAAUCUAUGAAAAUGGAAAGAAAAAAAAAUAACAGUAUAUUAAAUAGACGAAAUUUCUUGUCUGAAAAAAUAAACGGAUCAUAUAAUCCCAUAACAGGUUGUUUUAAUUAUUAG